UAAGGCUGUUUCUGAUGCUUGGAAGUUGUUCUUUCAGCCACAAAGAUGGUAAUAAAUCUUUGCCUUCCACAGUUCAGACCAAGAAUUCACUGCAACAAGAUAUCAGCUGAUGGUUAUGAAGUAGAAAAUCUCAUCUCUGAAGACUUCACAAAGAGGAGUCGUGGUUUUAGGACAGAGUAUUUCAUUAAGCCACCGGUCUAUGUGACACUUUCUUUUCCCUUCAAUGUGGAAAUCUGUAGGAUUAACAUAGACCUCACAAAUGGUGUAAGCCAUAGCGUUACCGGCCUGGAAAUGUACACAUCAGCCUUACCCAGCAGAACCUCUUGGAGUACCUCUGAGUGCCAGAGCCCAGGCCCAGCUGAGCCCUGCAUCCCAGACAGAGAAGCAUUCACCUUGGUGGGAAAAGUCUUGUUAAAACACCAGAACCAAGUAAUGUUCAGCCACAGGGGCUUCAGGGCCCGGCCACCUUUCAGCAUGAUGGAAGCCGCCCUCCCCUCUCCAGCCACAAUGACCCAGGAUCUCUGGAACAAAGGGGCUCUCUCUCUUAGCCACGUAGCCCAUCUCAAGAUCUGUAUCACCCACGUGGCAGGCAGCGGUAUCCCAUGCAUCAGGCGGUUGGAAGUGUGGGGUCAGCCAGCCAAAACGUGCUCCCAGGAAGUAAUAAACAGUGUCCUACUGGUCGCGUCAGAGAGCCUCCCUCAGGGCCUGGCUCUGCAGGCCCCUGCCUUGCCCAUGGAGAGUGACUGUGACCCUGGGGGCCAGUCUGAGGGCCAGCAGACCCCAUGUAGUCUGCAGGAGCUGACUGAGGUAAUUCAAGAUGUGCCUGAAGAGUUCUUGGAUCCCAUCACCCAGGAGAUCAUGCCUUGCCCCAUGCUGCUCCCCUCGGGCAAGGUCAUUGACCAGAGCACACUGGACAAGUGCAACCGCAGUGAGGCUGCAUGGGGCCGGGUACCCAGCGACCCUUUCACGGGGGUGGCCUUUACUCCACACUCCCAGCCCUUGCCUCACCCUUCCCUGAAGGCCCGCAUUGACCAUUUUCUGCUCCAGCACUCCGUCCCUGGCUGCCACCUGCUUGGGAGGGCACAAACUGCACUGGCAGUGACCCCUUCUUCUAUUGUUAUGCCUUCUCUGAAAAGGAAGAUGGAGGAGGCUGAACAGGCCCCAGAGAGUAACCUUGGUGGAAAUGCUGCUGGUUUUUCCCCCACAAGCCCUCUUGUUUCACCCACUACCUCAGAGCACACGUCUAAGAAGAUGAAAGCUAUGAGUGAGCCUGGCCUGACGCACAUGGACUGCUCACCAGGUCCCAUAUCCCAUGAGCAGAAUCUGUCACAAAGCCUGGAGAUUGCCUUGACGUCUACCCUUGGCUCCAUGCCCUCUUUCACAGCUCGGCUGACCAGGGGACAGCUCCAGCACCUUGGCACAAGGGGAAGCAGCUCUUCUUGGAGACCAGGUGCCAGCUCUGAGCCUCCCGGGAGCAGUCCUGGCCCUGAGUGCGUCUCCUGCAAGAGAGCAUUCUCUCCCUACUUCAAGAAGGAGCCAGUGUACCAGCUGCCCUGCGGCCACCUCCUGUGCCGGACCUGCCUGAGCGAGAAGCAGCGCUCCCUGCCCUUGACCUGCACGGCCUGCCAGCAGCCAGUCGCCAGCCAGGACGUGCUGCGGGUCCACUUCUGA